AUGGCGGAUACACAAAAGGAUUGGAGGAGGGAUGAACACGACGAGGAUGAUGAAGCAGAGCAGGAGCUCGAUGAGGCUGGCCUCAAGGCGCAGAAAGAUGCAAUUAUCCUGGCCAUUGAAGUCAGUCCGUCGAUGCUUGAGCCUCCGCCAGUCUCCGGCUCUAGAAAAGCUGAUCGGGACAGCCCCGUUCAAGCUGCGCUGAAAUGCGCCCGCCAUCUGAUGGAGCAGCGCAUCAUCUCCAAUCCCAAGGACAUGAUGGGAAUCCUCCUCUUUGGCACAGAGAAGACCAAGUUUCGGGAAGACAAUGGCCGUAGUGGGCUUGGAUACCCGAACUGCUACCUCUUUAUGGACCUGGACAUUCCGGCUGCUGAGGACGUCAAAGCGUUGAAGGCGCUGACUGAGGAUGAAGACGAAGACGAAGUGCUGAAGCCAGCCACCACUGAUACAGUUUCCAUGUCAAACGUGCUGUUUUGCGCCAACCAGAUAUUCACCACAAAGGCAGCCAACUUUGGUAGCCGCCGGCUAUUCAUUGUCACGGACAAUGAUGACCCGCACGCGUCGGACAAGGCGGCGAGGUCUGCUGCUGCUGUUCGAGCAAAGGACCUGUACGAUUUGGGCAUUACGAUUGACUUGUUCCCAAUCACCACAGGUGACUCCAAGUUUGAUCUCACCAAAUUCUAUGAUGACAUUGUCUAUCGCGACCCGAAUGCCGAGGCCAAUCGCACCGAAGUGCGGACCUCUAAAUCGGGCGAUGGAUUGUCUCUCCUCAACUCACUCAUUUCAAACAUUAAUUCUAAGCAGACGCCGAAGCGGGCAUUAUUUCAUCUGCCAUUCGAAAUUGCGCCUGGACUCCGGAUAACCGUCAAGGGCUACAACAUUGUGCAUCGGCAAACGCCGGCGAGGACGUGCUACAUCUGGCUUGACGGAGAAAAAGCUCAGAUUGCGACAGGCGAAACGACAAGAGUCGCAGAGGAUUCGGCCAGAACGGUCGAGAAACAAGAGAUCAAGAAGGCCUACAAGUUUGGUGGCGAAUAUGUAUACUUUACGCCCGAGGAGCAGAAGAAGCUCCGGGAUUUUGGGGCGCCCACGAUCCGGAUCAUCGGUUUCAAGAAGCGCAGCAAUAUUCCUGUCUGGGCAAGCGUCAAGAAGUCGACCUUUAUCUUUCCAAGCGAAGAGGACUACAUCGGAUCGACCCGCGUGUUUUCAGCCCUUUGGCAGAAGCUCCUGAAGGACGACAAGAUUGGCCUCGCUUGGUGCGUGCUUCGAUCCAACGCACAGCCCAUGUUUGCCGCUCUGAUCCCAUCAAGAGAGCAAUCUGAGGACGAUGCCGGAACGCCAUACCUGCCAGCUGGCCUGUGGCUGUAUCCUCUCCCCACCGCCGACGACCUGCGAGACAUCAGCGUCGAACGAAAGCUAGACUGCUCAGAGGAUCUCAAGACCAAAAUGAGGGUGAUUGUUCAACAGCUCAAUCUUCCCAAGGGCGUAUAUAACCCACUCAAGUACCCGAACCCGGCUCUUCAAUGGCACUAUAAGAUCCUUCAGACCCUCGCCUUGGAAGAGGAGAUGCCGGAGGAGCCCGAAGACUUGACGGAGCCUAAAAGCAAAGCAAUAAGCAAGCGGGCCGGAGGUUAUCUGGAGGAAUGGUCCGAGACGUUGAGAGAUGAGGCGGAAAGGGCCACUCGAUCCAGGUCCUUGAAACGAGAGAUUGAAGAUGAUGCCCCAGAGCGCCCCGCAAAGCAGAGAAAGGCAGCCGCAGAGAAGCCCAGCGGGUCGACUUUCAGCAUGGCGCAACUCAGGGAUGCCAUUGAGAACGGGAGCAUCUCGAAGAUGACAGUGGUACAGCUCAAGGACGUUGCCGGCGCCAGGGGGCUCAGCACAAGUGGUAAGAAGGCUGACUUGUUGGAACGGAUAGAGCAAUGGGUUGAGGAGAACAGCUGAGGAGAUG